ACACUCACUCGCGGCGCAGUCGAGCGGAGCGGGGGAAGCAGAGGUGGCGGGGGCGCUCGCCGCUAUAAAACGCCCGGCUCUACCCAGACCAGACGUACUUCUCCGCUGAGCCUCCGACUCGACGCAUCUCACUCGUGCUCCGCUCGCUCUGCCUCGACUCUGUGACUACACUCCUGCACUGCAGUCGCCAAGUGAAUUCCAACGCUGCUGCUACCUGUGUGUGUCUCUCUCUCUCUCUCUCUCUGUGCCGUGUGCUCCGCUGUUCUCGCUCGCCCGCUCGCUGCGUCGAUUCGACUCUCCGCGACUGGAAAAUCGAUCAACCUGCACCAGCGACUCAGCUGUUCUACGCUCGUUCCGUGCGAACCGCCGAUAAAACUCAACAAGCCUCAACAUGAUGCUCAAGAAGGCACUGACCAAGUCCGGCAGGAGGAUCCUCAAGGCGAUCAAAAGCAUCUCCUCCUCCGCCAGACUAGCCAAGAAGCUGCAAGAGCAGCAGAGCCAGCAGGCACAGCCCCAGCAAGUGCCGGCCAGCUGGAGCCAGCAGACGAGGCUCUACGACCUCGACCUGGACAGACUGUCGGUCACCUCGUGCUCGCUGCCGUCUCUCCUCGACGCCAAGAGCCUCGACACCUUCGUCACCUACGUCGCCCCCGAGGGCUUCGAGUACUGCUGCUGCUGCCACUGCGACGAGCGCGACGAGAACCAGCGCAACGAGAACCUCGAGAACGAGAUGAUGCGCUGAAAAACGUAUCGUCGUUUGAAAAGAAAAAGAGCUCGAGAAAAAGUGCUUCAUCCCAGUGAUAUGUACUGUAUACGCAUCUCUCACUCGAGUGCGGAUUUGUGAUACGAUUUGUGAUGACGAUCUCUCGACCAAACGGUCGAUACACCACGACAGCAAGAUUGUGAUAGAUACAUCCUCAAGCCGGGAGCAACACAACACACCAGCAGGGCGCGCCAACUCUUGAGGAUUCUCCUAUUGUCAAUGUCUUCCUUUAGUUUGUAGUUAGGCUCUGAAUUUAAUUUAACCUUAUUUAUAAGCCUUGAACGUUGUAAUUAAUGUACACGCCAGUAGCCCAGGGACUAGAUUCGAAUCGAACACUCCCCGUUCGCUCGCUCUUACUUUCGAUUUAGUCUGGCUUUCUCGAACCACCUCCUGUAGUACGAAAUUCGAAUCCACGGGAGCAUCUCGUUCGAAGCGUAAAAUGUGAUCUAGGUAGUUCUUGCGUUUCUCUCACCCAAGCUACACCAUGUACAACGCGAUUAAUCUUAGUUGGCUCGAUUGUACUGCGACCUAUCUUCUCUAUAGAUAGUUAUAUGCAAAGUAUUUAAGAAAAACGAGCGGGGCGGGCGCAACACUCUCGCCUCCGCUCCGACGACUGUGAUAUUAUAUGCUAAGCACGCAAAUUUGGAGAAAUAAAAUAAAGAUUGAAUUUAUUUAAAACAUAA